AUGGAGUGUGGCCCAGCUCUGCCAGACAGCCUGGUGUUGGAGAUCUUCCUGCGUCUGCCCCACGAUGCCGUGCUGAGAGCUGGUCUGACCUGUCGACAGUGGCUGGCCGUCUCCAGAGAUGAGUUCCUGUGGAGGGAGUUGUUCUACAGCUACUACCGCAUCCCCCGCUCUGUACCCCGGCACCCUUCGGCGCUGUCAUGGAACAGGGAGUUCAGGCGUCUGUUUGACUGUAUCCCCUGUGUGGAGGUUCAGACGCUGAGAGAGCACAGCGACCAAGUCCUCCACUUGGCUUUCUCUCACAGGGGUCACCGCUUCUCCUCCUGCUCCAAAGACUGCACUGUUAAGCUGUGGGACACAGAGCGGCCAGAUGGUAAUAUCUCCCUGGUUCACAGCUGCAGCAUGCGGCAGUUCAACUGGGGCUACACUCAGUUCUCCCAGUUCAACGCUGACGACAGCCUGCUGCUCGUGUCCGGCGUCUACCUGGGCCCACACCACUCCUCUUCUGGGGAAAUUGCCGUCAUCAGUCUGGAAAAUUACACCCUGUUAUCGCGGGUGAGGAACAAGCCGUACGACGUGUUUGGCUGCUGGCUGAACGAGACCCAUCUGAUCUCUGGGAACCUGCACUGGAUCGGCAACCUGACCUCCUGCUCCGUGCUCUGGCUCAACAAAGCCUUCCAGGAUGUUGAAUCGGAGAAUGUCAACGUGGUGAAACGCCUUUUCAAGAUCCAGAACAUCAACGCGAGCACCAUCCGCACGGUGAUGGUGGCCCACUGCCGUCGUCACGACAACCCGGACUUGGUGCUGGAUUACGAGGCCCAGUCCCAGGCUCAGAGGCAGAAAGGGCCACAGCGGCAGCACCAGCCCCUCCUCUUUGACCUGGGAACCUCCGGCAGUGAGGACGAAGACGAAGAGGAGCAGGAGGAGGGCUGUCGGAGGGAAGCGAGGUGUCAAGGCCUCCCCACUGCCCGCCACCCGCAGCCCGCCAUCUCAAACCUGGAGCACGUCAUACAGAGUCGUAAAAACGUAGGGGCCAGGGAGCUGGAGAUUGAGAGCCGGGUGGCUCAGAUGAUGGGCAGAGCCCACACGAAAGCAUCUGACUGCAGCCUCACCGAGCCCUCUGAGCCCGGGGACGGAGAAGACAAAACCUACCUACUCUUCACCACCGGCAGCCUAACAUACUCACCUCACCAGAUAGGUAUUAAGCUGAUCAAGCCCGACCAGAUGACAACUUCUGGUCCCGUCCUCGGUGAAGAGCGGAGUUCGGAUGAGUUUUUUGAUUCCCUGGACCACGUUAUUGAUAUCCAUGGACACAUUAUUGGAAUGGGCCUUUCUCCAGACCACAGGUACUUGUACGUGAACAGCCGGGCUUGGCCUGCGGGAUGCGUGAUCUCUGACCCCAUGUCUCCGCCUCCCAUCGCCGAGGAGAUAGACCUGCACGUCAUCGACCUGAAGAGCUUGAGGGAGGAGAGGAGGAGUCUGCGCGCUCACCGAGCCUUCACUCCGAACGACGAGUGCUUCUUCAUCUUCCUCGACGUCAGCAGAGACUUUGUUGCCAGCGGAGCUGAAGACAAACACGGCUACAUCUGGGACCGUCACUACAACAUCUGCCUGGCGCGUCUGGCGCACGAUGACGUGGUGAACUCGGUGGCGUUCAGUCCCGCCGACCAGGAGCUGCUGCUGUCCGCCAGCGAUGACUCUACCAUUAAGGUGUGGCGCUCGCCGCGCAUGGUCCGCCUGGCGCAGGCCCCCGCUCGGCCACCACGGCCCCGCAGCCUCCUCACGUCCUGGCUGACUCGCAGCAAGAACUCCACGUCCGCCAGCAGCGUCAAUGGAAAACCAUGAGUCAGGUCUGAAAACGCUUUAAAAGGAGUGGGAGGGAGCAAGGGGAGGAAAGUUUGAUCUGUUUCCUCUGUGGUGUGAAUAUAUAUAUGCACUCCAUGUACAUGUACAGUGUGGUUGCAGUCGGUGGUUUUGCUUGGCUUCACGGUGUCGUGACCUACAGCUCAGCGUCUUCAGCUGACAGGGGACGAGACUUGACUGUGUUGGACACAAGGGGGCGCCAUUGAGUCAACAAAGGAGCGUGUUACAAUUGAAAUGUUGUUACAGAUAUAGUGUGGAGCCCUACAUGCACAAGACAGACAUUCAGAACCUGCUCCUGAGAGAUGGUACCGGUCUGUUCUUUUUUUUUUUUUUUUUAUCUGGUGGUGUAAAUGUACUGCAGAGGUGGCACCUUGACAUUGUGGCUGUCAUGUCCUGCUCAUCAGAGACAAAGUGCUGUACCUGAAAAUAACCCCCCCCCCCAUUAUUAUGGAAAUAUCCCGUUUUCCCCCCAGUUUUCUAAGAAUUAUAAGACCGUUCAAACCCAAAAGGGAAAAGACAUUUAGCUGCAUUAACUGCAGUUGGCCUCGGUUUUUAACGGGACGUCCCAUCCUAUUGUUUUAUCGCCCCCAGAAGUGAUCGAUCACUAUUCUAUUAAACAUAGAAUUAUUAUUGAGUAAUUUAAUCUAGAAAAUUUAUUGAGGAACAGUCGACGUGGGGCAGGACUGUGAACAAAAUUUGUGUAGCAAAUUGUUUUCGGGGCAUAUAUUAUGUAGAAAUGUAUUAAAACACCUUUGUUCCUUAGUAGCACAAAGCAACAUCCUUUAAUUUUGCCUUCUGGACUUUUUGUUCAUGCAAAAAUGCAUUUUCCUUCUACACAACUACAUGUCACAAACAAAUUAUUUUUGUUUUCAAGAACAACUUUUUCAAUUUUUUUUUGGCCAAAAACCUCAUAGAUGAGUGUAUAGAGCUAUAUUUGGUAAUUUUAGUUGCACUGUUGUCCAAUUGGUCCUGUUAUUGAGGUCAUCAGUUUAAAAAACAAUAUUUCAAUUAACCAUCACCACCCUCACCAUCUGUCCAGAGAUGUAUUAUAUCCUAUUAGAUAGUGUGCACAUUAUAAAACAAGCAAUGUUACAGUACGUAUUUAUAUAUGUAACAUCUCCAUCAGGAUUCGCAGCGGUUGGAGAUAAUCAUUAUAUGAACGUGGCACAUAUUUCAUUUUUCAAUUCACUAACAUUUAAAACAUAAUACUGAUGCGAUAUUCAGUAAACACAUUUCUGAAAUUGGCAGGUUUUAAAAAAAAAAAAUAUUUGUAAUUCUGUUAAAAGAUGAUUGCACAUGAACAACAACAAUAAACAAUUUAUAAAAUAUCAGUAGAUAGAAUUUUUUGGACAUUUCAAGUCAAACAACCCAAAUCGAUGAUGUAGCACCAUAUUGAUGUGUUGACUAACCGCCCUCAAUUCCUUUAAAAUAUUAAUUCAGAAAUACAUAAAUGACAGUGUCAUAGAAAAAAACUGAGUAAAACCAACUGCCACUUCAAUCUAAAAGUCUUGAAAUGUUUGUGUGUUAUUCCCUGACUUUCCGUCAGGAUCCUCUUCAAGGUCCUUUUACUUUUGCUGAUCUAAGACUUGUCAAAUUAAAGCAAACGAAAACUAAAACAUUGACAAGUGAACUAUGACACUUCAGUUGCAGUUAAACCCGCAGAAGGUUCAGGUACUUUACUUUGUAGAUAGUUAUGUUUCGAUGGAGAUUCCCUUCUGUAGGCGGGUUUCCUGUAACUGAUUACAAACCCAGUUUUAAUGAGAUCAAAUUACACAUCCACAAGAAAUCUGUGUGGAUUCAACACUCCUUUCAGAUGACUCUCGCCACCGAUUGUGCAGCAUUUGUUUUGAAAUGUGUGCAAUAAGCCAUGAACUCUGUGUCCCCUUCAACCACUUUGCUGUAGCCCAUUUCUUUUUGGAUCAUGUUUACUGCCCUCUCCCCUUAAAUAAAGAGUCUCAACACA